AUGAGGAGAUUAUUUGACAUGGAGCACACAAGUUUGGCAACUCAUUUUGACUUCUACAGUGGCUCACCAAUAACCAAGCCAAUAACUCUGUGGAAAAGUGAUUCUGAACAUGAUUUCCAGGAUCCUUGGGCCUUGAUCAAGGAGGUUGGACCCACCCGUUUUGUUGGAACUGAUAGAGAAAGUAAGUUAGCCUCAAAGGGUUGUUAUGUGAAUGGAGAUUUUGGCUCCCCAAUAGAAAUCUCGAGUAGCAAGCGAAAAUUGACAAGGAAAAAGUCUUUAGGAGGUUGCCAGGAUUUGGUUUGUGGAGAUGUGGAAGAUUUAGAUUCCCUUUGA